GCCCCGCGCCGCCGGCCCACGCCCCGCCAUGGAGGACCUGGAUGCUCUGCUUUCCGACCUGGAGACCACUACCUCACACAUGCCAAGGUCAGGGGCUUCAAAAGAGCGGUCCCCAGAGCUGCUCACGCCUCCUCUGCCCUAUGACCACCAGACACAGACAGAGUCUGGGGAGUCCACAGGAGCAUCUGGUGAGAAGGACCAUCUGUACAGUACGGUGUGCAAGCCUCGAUCCCCAAAGGCUGCGGCCUCUGCGGCCCCUCCGUUCUCCUCUUCCAGUGGUGUCUUGGGCACUGGGCUCUGUGAACUAGACCGAUUGCUCCAGGAACUGAAUGCCACCCAAUUCAACAUCACAGAUGAAAUAAUGUCUCAGUUCCCAUCUAGCAAGGUGGCUGCAGGGGAGCAGAAGGAGGACCAAUCUGAGGACAAGAGAAGGCCCAGCAUCCCCCACAGCCCAUCCCCUGUCCCCACAAAGCCUUCCGCCACCUCAGCCACCCUGGAGCUGGACAGACUGAUGGCCUCACUUUCUGACUUUCGUGUCCAGAACCAUCUUCCAGCCUCUGGGCCAACACAGCCUCCAGUGCCAAGCUCCGUGAAUGAGGGCUCCCCGUCCCCACCAGGGCCAACUAGUAAGGGCAGCCUGGACACCAUGCUGGGGCUGCUGCAGUCGGACCUCAGCCGCCGUGGUGUUCCCACCCAGGCCAAGGGCCUCUGUGGCUCCUGCCAUAAACCCAUCGCUGGGCAGGUGGUGACGGCGCUGGGUCGCACCUGGCACCCUGAGCACUUUGUUUGCGGCGGCUGUUCCACGGCGCUAGGGGGCAGCAGCUUCUUUGAAAAGGACGGAGCUCCCUUUUGCCCCGAAUGCUACUUUGAGCGCUUCUCACCAAGAUGUGGCUUCUGCAAUCAGCCCAUCCAACACAAAAUGGUUACCGCCUUGGGCACCCACUGGCACCCGGAACAUUUCUGCUGCUUCAGUUGCAGGGAGCCCUUCGGGGAUGAGGGUUUCCACGAGCGGGAGGGCCGCCCCUACUGCCGCCGGGACUUCCUGCAGCUGUUCGCCCCGCGCUGCCAGGGCUGCCAAGGCCCCAUUCUGGAUAACUACAUCUCGGCGCUCAGCGCGCUCUGGCACCCGGACUGCUUCGUCUGCAGGGAAUGCUUCGCGCCCUUCUCCGGAGGCAGCUUUUUCGAACACGAAGGUCGCCCCCUGUGUGAGAACCAUUUCCACGCGCGGCGCGGUUCGCUGUGCGCCACGUGCGGCCUCCCGGUCACGGGGCGCUGCGUGUCGGCCCUAGGCCGCCGCUUCCACCCGGACCACUUCACCUGCACCUUCUGCCUGCGCCCGCUCACCAAGGGCUCCUUCCAGGAGCGCGCCGGCAAGCCCUACUGCCAGCCCUGCUUCCUCAAGCUCUUCGGCUGAGCGCUCACCAGGCCCUCCGGCCCGGGCAGCCACGCUCCCGGAGAUCCCCCGCUUCGCGGGGCCACGUCCUCCUGACCCCAAGGCCCUGCUGAGCCGGGGGC